AUGCGAAGUGCAACCAAGGUGGUCCUGGAAUCUAUCCAGGUCUCCCGGCACCUGGUUCAACUCGGCAUCAGACCUCUAGACCGGCUAGCAUCAAAGGGAGCAAAGGCGGCGGAGGAGCUUGGGCUUUGGGCGCUGAAGCUGCCUCCUGUCGAGGAAGCUUUGGGACGACAGCGCAAGCAACAGAUCCUGGAUGGCUACUACCAGGCCAAAGACUUGGUGGGAAAAUCACUCGCUUCAGUUUCUCAUCAGUCAUGGAUGUCAGCUCUCCAGUCUGGGGCCAAAGGCGCUACUACUCUCCUUCACAAGGCUGGUUUUCAAACUCGUGUGGUCGGCCCGUUCGAUGCGCACUGGAACACGCUCAAGGUCUUGAAGGACCUGCGUUCAGCAGCUGGGCAAGCCGCUGCACGUGGAAAAGGACCAGCCACACUUCAGCUGACCCCCAAGCGUUUUGUCCAGUUCAUGCGCGAGGGAGAGCGCAUGAAGCAAAAAGUCCUCCAGCGAGACCCGGUGGAGGACUAUGUUGACUGGAUGCUUGCAAACGGUAGCCUGCGGUCACUGGGACCUGUCUUCUUCGAGAAGAAGUUGUACCGCGACGUGGUGCGCAUCAUAUGCUUCGCGUUCGAUCGGGCCUUGACAGAGGUGAACGGAGCCACUAUUUGGGGGCACGUGCUUCGUGUCAAAGCUCUCCGUGAGUUUUCCGAACAUCUCGCGAAGGUGCCCCGCCAGCCGACUGCAGUCGGCAUCCAACAGGUCGAGGCCUUCGUUGACCGCAUGCUGAAGAGCAAGGAUCUAGAGGCUCCGCCGAUUCUCGAUGGAGUACAGCGUCAGUUGCUCGUGAACUGCUCCUUGAUGAUCUUGCAGCUCUUGGAAGACCUCAGCUCCGAAAGGCCGAAGAUGGGAACACAACUUAAAGCUUUGGGCAACAAGUUAAAAUUCAAAGGUGAGGAAGUUUCCUCCAAUGAUUCCAUGCCUUGGUUCCGGGUGGACCUCAGCACUACCCUCUCUGCCCUGUGGCUGUGCCGCAAAGUGGGCUGCUGGGCGAAAUCCCUCGGCCGCUUGGGAGCACUGAUUCUGCGAUUUGUGCGGCGGGCGCACCUCUCGCGGCGUCCGCCCGACUAUGGGCACCUGCUGAUGACGCCGCUCUAUCCAGGAAACCAUCCUUCCCCUCAAGCAGCCAGUGAGUCUCAAGAUUUGGCGGAAAAGGCUCGGUCUGCGGAGAACUCUGAGGAGGCGCUUCUUUUACUUGGGCAAGCUGUGCUGCUGAAUCCUCCGGACGCAAGCCUUCAUUUGGCCAGGGCACAGGCUCACCAGGCGUGCAGCAGACAUGUUGAAGCCUUGGACGAUGCAGAAACUUGCAUCUCCUUGGACAGCAACUGCUCUGCGGGCUGGCUGGAAAAAGGCAAGGCUGAACUGGCCUUAGGCCGUGCAGCCGAUGCUGCAAAGAGCUUUCAGGCUGGUUUAGUCCAUGAGCCAAAUCACCCUGAGCUCUCAAGGCAACUAUCCAUAGUUCAGGCAGAGCCAGCACCCAACAUCUUGCAGCAAUUCAAAGAGUUGGUCUUUGCCGCAAGGCUUGGCCUUGAAAAUCUCUUCCGGACCCUCGAAGAUCCUCAGAGGGCCACAGAUGCUUUCGUUGAUUCCAACGCGGAGAUGCUGGAUGCGCAACUUGCCCUGCUGGCACAGACUCUGCGUGUGAACACAUCAGUGCUCUUCGAUUCGCCACGCCUCUGCGAUGCUUACGAGCAGAUUGUCCAUGCCUGCGCGCAGCUCGUGUCUGGCGCUCCUAAAUCCUUUUCGAGAAAGCUUUCGAAUGCCAGAAAGAUUGUGGAAGGACUCAGCCUGGCUUUGAGAAUCGGCUGGCAGAUCCACCAUGGUCUUGCCAAGCACGCUGCCAGUGCUCUGAUCAUCUUGGCUACAUGUCCGGAGGCGGAGGAUGGACUUCGAAGAAUGGCCGUUCGAGGGCUCUUGGGAGGUCUCUUGCGCUGGCUGGUGGAUGCGAGGCCCGAGCCUGAGCGGGAGGUGGACGAGGUCUGCGGAUGCAGCUGCGCGGUCCCUUGGAAGGCCGCUGCGUGUUACUUAGAGAGGCUCCUUGAGAUCGGACGACCAAUGGCCUUGAUCCAGUUUGAGUGCGAGACUUGGCCUGACACAGUUCAGCUCUGCCAGUGGCUCACAUUGUCCGUUCGAGACUAUCACGCCACCCCGCUGGGACUUGUGGCACUGCUUCAGAUGCCUGGGGUGGCUGCGGCAGCGAUGAAGACUCAGGCAAGGGUUGAUUUUUUCAUUGCGCCGCAUCUCUUCGGCGAGGAGCUGGGUGAGGAUGAGGACGAGAUGUUCGACGAAGCUGAGGAUGAAGCAAUGGAGGAAACUCCGGCAGAAACAUGGGAGGCAGCCAGGGCGAACAACGUCCCAUGGUGGCGAGCUGCACAGAUGAGCCGGCAACCAGUGAGGGCUUGGCGUCAGCAGAUGCGAUUUGCGGCUGCUGUGGCAGCUGCUGAGGGCCAAGAUCCGUCCCUGCCUUCGCCUUCGGGAGACGCGGUUGCGUCGGCUUCAGCUUCGAGCUUCAGCCGUGGUCCGGGUGCUGACAUCUCGAGGAUUCUUGGAAGCGAUCCAAACCUUGCCAGCAUCCUGAAUGCCGCCUCUUCGAGUGCUCCCAGCUUGCUCCGGUGGAUAACUGAUCCCGCUCCACCUCCGCCCCAAAGGCUCGGAGAGUGGCUCAUGAAUUCAUUGGGUUAUUUGUUCCUUUUCAUCGAGGGUGAUGCCCUAUUCACUGUCUAUGCUUGCCGGGCUUUGAAGGCUUUGGCAAAGGCGGAUCCAGACGGUGAUGGGCAGUCAAGACUGUUAAGUGGCCUGUGGUUGGGUGUUCCCCUGCUUGGUAAACUGUCUCUUGCAGCUUGCACGAACACGGCAGCACUCGAUUUGCUGCACUGCCUCUUCGAGGCAAAGUGCCCUGUAGCAAGGGCCGGCAUUCGAUGCGCUGCACGGUCCUUAGCACAUGCCUUGGCAAGCGAUGCUCUGCCAAACGAGCUUGACGAUGACAUCCACAUGGCCUCAUCCAGAGCUUCGUCGGACGUGCAAGACAUGGAAGAGGUCCCAGGUUUCGCUGACGGACCUGCGCCGGAGGCAGAUGACGGCGUUUUUGCCCAGGAUCUUGCAGGCCAUGAAGAUGAUCUGGUGCCAUCUUGGGCAGAGUUUCACCACGAGCUUUUUCAGGAACUGGCUUGUCCCAUAGUGGACAGUGUCCAUGCACCGGAGCUUGUCACCCUUGCGAAUUUUGAAUCGAAGGCCAGCCUCCUGGCAGAGCAGGCAACUCUCCACUCCCUUGAAGCCGAGACAGAGGAGACAGAGGCAAGAGAGGAUAGCUUUGCAGCCGUCCCGGCAGCCUGGAACCGAAAUGUCCUAGCAGAGAGCUCAGCGAGAGACACACAGGAGACUGCUAAGCCCUCUGCCGGCUCUGUCUACGGCUCUCCACCAGGAUGGCAGACAGUUUCUGCACAGAGACUGCUGCUUUUCCACGAGCUAGAUGGCUUUCCCGUGGGUUCUGCUGAAUACGUCCAGGAUGGCCGGAUGAAGGACAAGGCUGUCCUCAUGUCCAGGCGAUCGAUCCGAACCAGCCACAAGGUUCACAACUGGGCACAGGCGGUGUCCUCCGCCGAGCAGGCGGGUGCAUGCGCAGUCAUUGUCUUCAACGACCUGGACGCUAUGGAGCCCUUCCGGAUGGGACUCUUCGGGGAAAAGCUGCCUUCCAUACCCGCUUUCAUGAUCAGCGGGAAGGACGGAGCGACCCUGGGAACAAAGUCGCGGGACUCGGAGGUGCUCAUUGUCAGGUCAGUCUUGACGUCUGCCACCUCUCCGUCUCCACCUCCAUGGCCACUUGCAGGUGGACGCGUCGCGGACAUUGCGCAGGCUUGGAGUCUCUUGGAAGCCCUCUCGGCACAUGGCGAACCCUCCGAUGAUCUGGAGAAGCUGCUUCAGCGAAUGAGUGUGCCAGAAAAGCGAGUGUGGCUAACACGCCGGCUGGUACGUCAUCACAGGGCCCAGCAGGCGUCGUCAGCAGACGGAGACCUUGCUGAGCUACCCUUGGCCUUCGUGGAGAGCGACCGAUGGCUUUCAGCCGAGAAGCAGCUCGAAGCGCUCCGCCAGCAGUUUGCGGAGCAGACCGGGAUAGGCAGCGUUGACGUUUGUGGCGAGUUCGAAGUGCGCUUCCGAAGCGAACAAGGAGUCGGUAGUGCUGUGGUGCGGGAGUGGAUGGACCUCGUGGCAAGAGAUGUUUAUCUCCAGCCCAGAUUGAGGUUGCUGAGAAGUUAUGACCAACGACAGACAUUUUGGCCAGAUGCUGCAGCCCCAUUCCUGAACAGAGCUUGGCAGAUGGACUUUGAAAUCCUUGGAUGUUUAGUCGGCCUUGCACUGUGGCAAAACUGCACGCUUGACCUUCCGCUUCAUCCCCAUGUCUGCGCCUUGCUUUUCGGUUUCCCGUCCGACCGAUUAACGGCUACACUGGCCGACAUGGACGACGAGCUGUUCCGUCACAAAGUGCAAUGGCUUCUUGCCAAUCCAAUCAACCAGCUCGGUAUAGAUCUAGCCUUCUCAGACCCGCUCGGAGCGGAGGAAGCAGAAGGCGUGGAUGGAGCUGGAAACACGGAUAAGGUUGCGGAGGUUGACGGUCCACCAGCACUGCCACCACUGGUCUUUCCCAACCAGCGCCUGGCCGGAGACGAUCGGACUUGUGAGGUGCAGCCUUUUCCCAAAGUUGGAUCAGCUGAAGUGGCUCUGCGGGAGGAUGCCGAUGUGGUCACGGACGAAAACAAACAGACCUUUGUAAAGUUGCUGCAGGACUGGCGGCUGCAGAAGGGCAUCACACCGCAGGUUCAGGCAAUGGCAAGGGGCCUGAGCAAGGUUCUUCCAGAAGAGCUUCGGCACGAGAUGCAUAGCUUGCUGACGCCGGUUGAAAUAGCACAGCUGCUUUCCGGCUUGGGUGGUGCGCUCUCUGUAGACGACUGGGAGCAGCACACUUCCUACACCCAUGGCCUAAGCCAAAACAGCGUCGUCGUAAUGUGGUUCUGGCGAGUCGUGAGGGCCUGGGCGGCUUCUGAAGAGGACUUGCUGCCCCAGCUCCUUCAAUUUGUGACCGGAAGCGCACGAGUUCCCGUAGGCGGUUUCAGCGAGCUGGUGGGUUUCAAUGGCGCGAAGCAUGCAUUCACGCUCUGUGGCGCCAACCACCUUUCGAAGCAGGCAUUACCCGUGGCUCACACCUGCAUCUGCACGUUGGACAUGCCAUUCUACGAAGACUUCGAGACAUGCCGCUACAAAAUGACCCAGAUGCUACGCCUGGGAAGGGCUCACUUCGAUGAAGGGGCCGGCCAGCCGGAAGGGGCAGAGUGA